GCUGUGACUCGGCGUACAAAGAGCAAAGCUAUAAACUGUUCAAGCAACAUGCUACAAACCUUAUUUGUCACAUGAAGCUGGUGGUUCACUCAGUGAGGAGGCACUUGGACAGAAGUGAUGACCCCAUCCACAGAAAUGGUCUGCUGGUUCUGCUGAAACAGGUCCAGUCAUCUCGAACCAAAGUGAGUGAGUCAGUCAGAGACAUGCUUCUCGGUUCCAGUCUAAAUGUGGAGGUGUAUUCUACUUUUUCAGAUCAUGUCUUCAUGGCUAUUCAGCAUUUUAAAGUGUUAAGAAAUGGACUUGACGGACAGCAGCAUCCACCUCUCCUGAGCCCGCUGCGAGAAGAGGCCCGUCAGCCGGAAAUCUCACGGACAUGUGUGCCAGUCAAAGACGCCUGUGACCUGAACCUGGAUCAUAUGAGAAGAGGCUGUCCUGUUUUAGACGUUAUGGAGAGGGAUUCCCAAACCGAACAUGAGGAGGAACACUCACACGAGGAACGCUUAGAAGAUGAACUGGCUCAUAAAUACGACUUUGAUGAUUUACAGAUCGCAGCUGUCUCUGUUGAGCCCAAAAUGAUCCACAAACCUCUUGAAUUUGACCUUUUACCCCUCUUGUAUGAAGUCGUGACCGUUACUAAAGGGAAAGACGUGACAGCACUCAACCGGGCCUGCACUGGUGUUUUUGAGCUGUCAAACUGUUACGCUCAAGCUGCAAAGGAAGCCUCGGCCAUUGUUGAUGCGGUCGAUUGUCAGACGUUGGAACGUUUUCGAGCAGAGCUGGUGUCCCUGACUCCGCUGCUCGUCCAGACAGCUCAGGAAACGGCGAUGAGCUCAUCGAUGAGCACGGAGUGCGUCUACAAACACAGCGUACAGUUUUCUGACCUUAUCACCAACACCCGAAAGGUUUUACUGCCAGUAGCUGGAACCUGGUAUAAUGCUGUUUACACUGAGCUGCAAGGGAAUCUGCCGACAACGGCAGCCACCGUUACGCAGCAACUACAUGAAGUGAUGACUUUAUGUGCUGAAGUCGUCCGGCUCUUGACAUCGUCGGAUUUAACCUCGCAAAGCAACGGUCAAGAAACGUUCAGCGUUUUACACAACAAGCUGAACAAAGCCCAAAACAACACAAAGUAUCUGAUAGAGUGUUCCACCUCGUUGAAAGGACAGCUAGGUCAACUAGAGGGACUCUGUAUCCUCUGGGGCCUGUCUAUUCAGGUUUUGUUGAAUUCUCUUGAUAAGAUUUUGGGAACAUCAACUGCGAUGAACCAGUUGAGCCCUCAGAAACAGCUAUCGGUAUUGGCAGAGAGUUCGCUUCGAAUCCAAGAGGCAGCGAGGCUAACCAGCCUGAACUGUAGAAGUGCUUACAAAUCCAAACAGUUAGCAGGAUACCAGGAUGAACUAAAACCCCUGACUGAAGCCUAUCUCAAAGCUGCAGAAGAGCUUGACAUAAUUCCCAGUGUCAUGCAACUUGCAAAAUCGGAUUUCAUCCAGAGACACCUUUUGAUUAAAAUCAGAGUGCUUUCUUCUCAUUUAAGCAAGGCAAACAAUGAUUAUGACGCAGCACUUCAAAAUAUUGUCCGCAUUGCUUAUUGUGCUGCUGAACACUUUUGGGAGAACAGCACGGAGGAUGUGGAGCAAACAUUUGACAACGCAGCUCAAGCGCUGUUUGAAAAUGUCCAAACUGCGACCAAAAGAGUGGAGGACUGCUUGCACUUCAUCCGCGACCCACAUGCUCGCUCCAACCUGAGGUCGAUCAACGACCGCCUGUCUUUUCAGAUCUCAGACAUCAUCAGCAGGGCGAGGCUCAUGGUAGAGACUCACUAUAUCUGUGACACACUCAGUCUGGACGUGCAGAUACAGUGCUGGUCCGCCAGAGCUCACUAUGUGACGGAGGAGCUCAGGAAGCAGGAUGGGAUUCACCGAGAGGCUAAAGAGCACAUCAGGGCUGGCCUACAGGGCAGGACACAUAUCAAAGAAGUGUUGGCUGCAGUCCCGUCUAAAGUCAAAGAAGUGGAAUUUCCCUUUGACAUGACAAUGGCAUCAUGGCAGAGAGGCAACACAGACAGCAACGAUGCUGCAGAACCAAAUAUUAACGUGGCAAUUGUGGCAAAAUAUGGACUUGGAAAUAUUGGAAAUGACGGUGUCAGAUCUGGAGCAUUCAAAGAGGCUCCUUCGCUGACCUUCACAUCCCUUUUUCUAAAGCAAGAAAGUGACAGCUGGGAUCCCAAGGACAACAGAAUUGUCCAGAUGACCAGAAAGAUGGCUGACACACUAUGUUACAUGAGUCAGUACCUGAAGAAGAAAGGCCCAAUACUGAAUAAAGAGGCAUUUGUCACUGCAGCCAAAGAUGUGAUCUCAAGCUGCCAGUCAGUAACUCAGUUCAUCAGAGUUAUUGCCAACCACUGCCUGGAUAAACAGUGUGCAGGUGAACUCUCCCUCAUAGUUGAGCAGAUUCUCACCAUCACAAACCAGCUUAGCAUCAUCUCCAGUGUCAAUGCUGUAACACCCGGGUGCAAAUCUUCUGAUGAGAUCCUGGUGAAGAACUCUCAAAAUCUACUGCAGACGGUGCUGCGUGGGGUCCAUGCUGCAGAGACGGCCUGCAUCACAGGUUUGAAGCAGCCUGAACCAAACUCAGAUGGUGCCGAGGCUACAGCCUUGUGUUUCCAGUGGAAGAGGAAACUGGAGAUCCAUCGAGCCCAGCACACCUCCAACCCAGAGACUGAUGAGCUGGGUUUGAGGAAGACCUCAACCCACCCAGUAGCACCCAGUCUGGCCCCGCCAGUUGGCUUCAAGUGAUUUGUGUCUCACGGAAUAAUAAGCAUAACAUAGAUGAAAUAUUUUGUUUUCUAUUUGAAAUAAUAUAUAAUUUGAUAUAAUAUAGGCUCCAGCGCCCCCGCGACCCUAAUGAGGAUAAGCGGUAUUGAAAAUGGAUGGAUGGAUAUAAUAAUAAUAAUAUAAUAAUGUGAAACCCACUUAAUCCCGAGACGGAGCUUUUCACAGACGGUCAUGCUCAAGGACACUUCAGCAAGAAAGUAUCAAAUAUGUUAUUGAUCCUUAUAUUUGAUAUAACGCUGGACAUGUUACUGAUUGUAUUAUGUUCACUAAAAUGAGACAUGGUGUAUGUUAUAUUGU